CAGCUCAAAAUACCUCUUUCUCAGAAUAAUGAAGUUCUUAAUCUGUGGUAUGAUUCUGUUCAUAGAGUAACUUCUGAUUAUGUUGUAUCUGUCAAUGUCAACUGUCAAAACUAACCAAUAUUUUUUGCAAAAUAAACAAAACUAAAAGAAAACUUUAGAAAUAUUAGAAAACAGAGACUCACUUUUUACUUGACUAUUAUAAACAGUGAUAAAUAAAAGGGAACAGAUUUUUAUACGCCCAAUAUAACUGUUUCCCAUGUCAGAUAACGAUUCCAUUACUGAUGACAGUGAAAACGAAAGGAGCUCCGAAGCGAGCAGCAGACAACCAACUGCGGCUCCGGAGGGAUGGAGCAAAGAAGAGAAAUUCAGAUUGCUACAAGCCAUAAAGGCAUUUGGCUCCUCCAACAUUUCCUUUGUAACAGAUCAUGUAGACACUAAAACCCUAGAGGAAGUCACACAAGCUAUAGAGUUCUACAAAAAAAAGGCCAAUGCAGCCCGACCAAGACAUCUACUUUCCAAGGCAAGGCCAAAUACAGCAUUUGCUAAAACUCAGCAGCUGCCCCUGUCAAGCUGGGCCAACCUGCUCACUGAGAAUAUUGAGUUUGGAAACCUUCAAAAUGAAACAGCAACAGCAUUUCGUCUGAUAGCUGAGUUUGAGAGUAUUCCAAAAGCUAAUGAAACAUGCAAUAUUAGCUUCAGGGAGCUGUAUCAAUUAGUAGCCAAUGCUCUUGACGGCAAAUCUUUACAGGGAAAUGAUCUCAUUCAGAGUGUAAUUGAAAAGAGUCUUAUAGAAACAGCUUUGUUCAGUAAAUCUUUUAUGAGAAAUAGCACCUUUAACCUGGUCACUUCUGCAAUGACUAUAUCUGAUGCUGAGUUCCACAACUUCCCGCGGUUUACUAAAGAUGAUGACCUCACAAACAUCAGACAUCUUAGUGCACAAAGAGCCUAUAAUCCUUUUGGUAUUAGUGAACAAUAUCUGAAGCCUGAAUCUAUAAAUAAAUAAAUAUCUGAAUUACAAUACACUGAAAAACUUAAGGUAUACAUUAAAACAAUAAAAGGUAUGUGAAAAUA